ACGACGAACAUGUCGCUGACCAAGUGCCUUCUUUUCGCCCUCAUGGCCAUCGUGGCCACCGCUUCGGUGAGCGCCGAGCGGGUUCGCUAUGACAACUACCGCAUGUACAAGGCCACCUCGGAGAAUGCCAAGCAACUGGCCGUGCUGAAGGAUCUGGAAGGAUCCAGCGACUCUAUCUUGUUCCUCGACGGUGUCCAUCUUGUGGGCGCCGAUGUCCAGAUCGUGGUGGCUCCCCACAAGGUGCCCGACUUCCUGGAUAUCUUGGGAAAGGCCGAGAUCAAGUACGAGCUGAAGUCGAGCGAUGUGCAGAAGUCGAUGGACGAGGUCGAGGAGAAGGUGGCCAUUAAGGGACGUGCCACCAGGGCCUACAACUGGGCUGAGUACUACGAACUGGACGACACCUACACCUGGCUCCAGACCCUGGCCCAGCAGAAUCCCGGAGUGGUCACCUUGAUCGAGGGUGGAAAGACCUACCAGGGUCGCUCCAUUCUGGGAGUGAAGAUCACCAAGGGAGGCAGCAAUAAGCCCGGCAUCUUCCUGGAGGCCGGUAUCCAUGCCCGCGAGUGGAUUGCCCCAGCUGCCGCCACCUACAUCAUCAACCAACUGCUGACCUCCGAGGAGGAGUCUGUCAAGCAGCUGGCCGAGAACUACACCUGGUACGUCCUGCCCCACGCCAAUCCCGAUGGCUACGUCUACACUCACACCACGGAUCGUCUGUGGCGUAAGACCCGUACUCCCUACGGCAGCUGCUUCGGUGCCGAUCCCAACCGGAACUGGGGCUUCCACUGGAACGAGGUGGGCGCCAGCGACAGUGCCUGCUCCGACACCUACGCCGGACCCUCUGCCUUCUCCGAGGUCGAGACCCUAUCCCUGUCGGAGUACCUCAAGACGCUGAAGGGCAAGAUCAAUCUGUACAUCUCCCUGCACGCCUACUCCCAGUACCUGCUGUAUCCCUACGGCCACACCAACGAGCUGCCCGACAAUGUGGCCGAUUUCGAGAAGGUCUACAACGCCUCCAUUGCCGCGGUGAACAAGCGCUAUGGAACCAAGUACACCGGAGGAAACAUCUACGAUGCCAUCUACCCCGCGGCCGGAGCCAGUGUGGACUGGGCCUACGGAACUCAGGAUGUGCGCAUGUCCUUCUGCUAUGAGCUGCGUCCCUCUUCGUCCUCCAUCUUUACUGGAUUCAGGCUUCCCGCCGAGCAGAUCAUUCCCGCCAGCGAGGAGCUGCUCGAUUCCAUUGUGGCCAUGGCCACCGAGGUCAAGAACCUGGGCUACUUCGACUAGGCGACUUACUUUAAUAAAGUACUCACAGUUUUACGGCAUA